UUUAAAACGCGUUAUUUUCUCAGAACACGUGAAUUGGUGUAACUUAUUUUUUUAUACGUUUAUGUAGUUUUAUACUUUUAUUGUAUAAAAAUUGCACUACAAAAUGGUUGUAAUAGGAAAGAAAAAGUAUGAAUCUGGAGAAGGAGCACAGUUCAUGUCGAGGAAAGCUGCUUUAAAAAAAUUGCAGCUUACGUUGAAAGACUUCCGUAGACUGUGUAUAUUAAAAGGUAUAUAUCCAAGAGAACCACGUAAUCGUAAAAGAGCACAAAAGGGACAAUCUGGUAUCAAAACAUUGUAUCAUAAAAAAGAUAUUCAAUUUUUAAUGCAUGAACCAAUAAUAUGGAAACUAAGAGAAUUAAAGGUAUUUACUAGAAAAGUUGAAAGAGCAAAGGCUUUGAGAGAAUUUUCAGAUAUGAGAAGAUACUUAAGUAAUCAUCCUACUUUGAAAUUAGAUCACAUUGUUAAAGAACGUUACCCAACAUUUAUUGAUGCACUUAGAGAUCUGGAUGAUUGUUUAACUCUAUGUUUCUUGUUCAGUACAUUUCCAUCUCUUAAUCAUGUACCAAGGGAUCAAUCUUUAUUAUGUAGAAGAUUAACAGUUGAAUUUUUACAUGCUGUAAUUGCUGCUAAAGCUUUACGCAAAGUGUUUGUAUCGAUUAAGGGAUAUUAUUAUCAAGCUGAAAUCAAAGGGCAAACAAUAAAUUGGAUUGUUCCUCAUCAUUUUGGUUUUGAGCCUCAAGCAAAAAAUGAUGUUGAUUUUAAAAUGAUGUCUAUAUUUGUGGAAUUCUAUAUCAUGAUGUUAGGCUUUGUUAAUUUUAGGCUUUAUCAUACUCUUAAUUUAUAUUAUCCCCCAAAACUCACCACUCAUGAUAAUAGUGAAAAGAUACUUGUGGAUGAAGAAACAUAUGUAUCAGAAAGAAUAGCUGCAUUGAAUGUACCAUUAAUAAAUUUGGAUUCUACAUUGCAAAAUACAGAAGAUGAAGAAUUGGAGAUGGAUCAGUUUACAAAUGAAAGUGAGGCUACAAAAUUGGAAGAAGCUAAGAUAGAAGCAGAUAAAAUAAAAAAAUUGAAAACACUAUUUAAAGAUUUGAAAGUUUUCUUAAAUAGAGAAGUACCAAGAGAGCCUUUAGUUUUCAUUUUACGUUGUUUCGGAGCCGAAGUAUCCUGGGAUAAAUUACUCUUUGUUGGAGCGUCAUUUGACGAAAACGACGAAACAAUAACACAUCAUAUAGUAGAUAGACCCAAUAUGACCAAACAGUAUAUUUCUAGAUAUUAUGUACAGCCACAAUGGGUUUUUGAUUCAGUGAAUGCUAGAGAAUUAUUGCCUGUAGAAAAAUAUUUAAUGGGUUGCGUACUUCCGCCACAUCUUUCGCCAUUUUCGGAUAAUCAACAUGAUCAAACGUAUAUUCCACCAGAAGAGCGUGCUCUUAUGGAUCCUGAUUUUAGACUCAAUGAUGAAGAAGAUGAAUCUGAAGAAGAAACAGAAAAUGAAAACGAAAAAGAAGAAAAUGAAAUAGGAGAAGAAGAUUUAGAAAAUGAUUUGAAAGAGGAAAUUGAAAUGAAUAAGUCUGACGAAGUAAAUGAGAAAGAACAAGAACGAGAUAGAUUGAAAAAGAAAAUGAAAGUUAAAACUGGAGAAGUGAUGAAGGAGGAUCCAUGGGAGAAGAAACGGUUAGAGAAGCAAGAGUACCGAUUACGAGAACGAAUGAUCAAAAAGAAACAUCGCAAGUUAUAUAGGAGUAUGAUGGAAGGACGUAAAGAGAGAGCUAAGCAAAUAUGGCUUCUUCGUAAAAAGAGGCGGCUGCAUGAUACCGUUGAGAAACAAAAGCGCAAGGAAGAACGUAAACAGAAAAAAAUUAAAGUUGCUGAAUGAAACUAAAUAAAAAGAAAAAAAAGUAAUAAGUUUAAUGAUUAUUUU